CCCUGGCGGUCCCUGGGCCUCGCGGCGUCGGAGCUGAAAUUGGCCCACACGCUGCCCACGGGCCAGGCCUUCGGGUGGGUGCGCGUCGGCGACGAGUACCACGGCUGCCUGCGCGACGCGGGCGUCGCCCUGCGCGAGCACCCCGUGAGCGGCGCCGCCGAGUGGCGCUGCGACGCGUCGCGCGAGGCAGCGGCGGAGGCGUACGUGCGGGACUACUUCCGCGCGGACGUGUCCUUCGCCGAGCUCUACGGCGGCUGGAGCCGCGCCGACGCGCGCUUCGCGAAGAUCGCGACCGUCGUCGACGGCGCGCGCGUGCUCCGGCAGGAUCCCCUCGAGUGUUUGAUUUCGUUCAUCUGUUCGUCGAACAACAACAUCCCGCGGAUCACGCUCAUGCUCGGCCGGCUCCGGGAGCUCUGCGGCGACGUCGCGGCCGUGCCCGGGGGCGCGGGCAUGGAGGCGUCGGAGCCGCGCACGUUCCCGACGCUCGAGCGGCUCUGCGGCGUCGAGGAGCGGACGCUCCGGGACCUCGGCUUCGGCUACCGCGCGCCCUACGUGGCCAAGACGGCGCGGCACGUCCGCGACAAGGGCGGCGACGCCUGGCUCGCGGGGCUGCGAAAUGCGGACCGCGCGGACGUUAAGGUUGCGCUGCUCGAGUGUGCGGGCGUCGGUCCCAAGGUCGCGGACUGCGUCGCGCUCUUCUCGCUGGACCAGGCCGACGCCGUGCCCGUCGACACGCACGUCUGGCGCAUCGCCCGGCGCGACUUCGACCCGACGCUCGACGACGUCGCGUCCAUCACGCCCAAGGUCUACGACCGCGUCGGCGACCUCUUCCGCGACCGCUUCGACAACGCGGGCUGGGCGCACACGGUCCUCUUCGCCGCGGAGCUGCCCCUCUUCGCCGACAAGCUCCCCGAGGACGUCGCCGCGGAGAUGCGGGCGUUCCGCGUCUUGGAG